GUAUUAUCGGCCACUAAUCUCUUUCAUUAUCGCCAAUGAUAAGUAUCUCCCUCCACGGGCUAACCGCGUUAGCGACCAGAGCUGUCUGCGAUGGAUCCUCGGCUGGACACGGCGCUGGCAAGAAGCUUUCCGAUUGGUUUCCCUCCCGGCUUCAGGUUUCAUCCCACAGACGAAGAGCUCGUUAUCUAUUACUUGGAGAACAAGGCGGCCUCACGCCCACUCCCGGCAUCAGUGAUCACCGAGAUCGAUCUCUAUAAGUACAGCCCGUGGGAGCUACCAAAGAAGGCAUUGUUUGGGGAAGGUGAGUGGUACUUCUUCAGCCCGAGGAGCAGAAAGUACCCUAAUGGGAGGAGGCCGAACAGGUCUGCCGGCUCCGGUUACUGGAAAGCUACUGGGAUCGACAAGCCGAUACUGACAUCCGGCGGGACGAAGAGCAUCGGAGUGAAGAAGGUUUUGGUGUUCUACACCGGAAGGCCUCCGAAGGGGAUGAAGACAGAGUGGAGCAUGGACGAGUACAGGCUGAUCGAUGCCACUGUCCGACCGCCCAUAUCAAAAGGGUCAAUGAGAUUGGAUGAUUGGGUGCUCUGCCGAGUGCGACGGAAAGAGAAAAUUCCGAGAAACACCAGCGGCCAUCAAGGAAAUUUCAGCAGCAGCACAAAGCCACCAUCUUACCCCCAAAAGAACGAUGAAGCGCUGCCUAUGCAUACCGUUCUCUGCAAAGAUGUCGCCAUGGAAAAUCCCUUCCAAGAUUGCCCGAUGAUGGCUUCGCUACUCUCGGGUCAAGUCCUCUGUCCUAUCAAUUCAGUCUCUAGUAUAAGCUCUCCAGCGCCCGACAAUAGUAAUGCCUUAAAGCCGGUGUAUGAAGCAAGUCCCGAUAAACUCAACUCUUAUAGCACAGGUUCUUCCAUGGACAACAAUGUCAAUAGAUUUACGACGGAACUUGUAGAGGAACAAGGAUUCGAGGAUCAGCAGGAAAGAAUGCUGGGUGUGGAUGGUCGCGGUGUCCACGACUACACUCAAAGCCAGUGCAGCGAAAACGUGUUUAACUUUGCCGGAUGUGAUUCUGUCCUCAACUUUCAGGAGCUUAAUGACUUGGCCGUAGCUCUAAGAUAGUUACAGCAAUGACACUGAAAGAAUGAGUGGUCCUGCAGCAUCUGCAGGUUCGGCACGGUGUGUAUAGAUUUCAGAGUGCUAGUCACAGAAUAAAACCGAAUCAGUCCUGAGAAACACUGCAACUCUUAAGAGUUUCUGCAAUUGGGAGUGGGCUAUAAAUACUUGUUUAAUUGUA